UAUGAAGGCGGAGUAUUUCUGGUGGACAUCCGAAUACCGGAGGACUACCCCUUCAAACCACCAAGAGUGACCUUCAGAACUAGGAUCUUCCACCCGUUCGUCAACGACGGUAACACACUGUCCAUGUACAAUCUGCAGGACAGGAGUGGAUUCACUUCCGGAGGCUGGAGCCCGGCAAUCACCCUUUCGAAAGGUAAGAACCGGCCCGCGGGAAGCGUAUCAUUGUGUAUAUUCUUGCUCACAUCGCGUAGUGAUCCUGCCUCUGCACCCGAGUUCACAAACACCCAUUUCACGGCAGCUAUGAUGGCGCAGCGGGACAGGGCUCGCUUCUACCAAAUAGCCAGAGACUAUACGCUUAGAUAUGCAUUGUGA